GGUGCUCGUCGGUUUGUCUCCCAUACCCCGCGAGCCGAUUAACUACCUUAUCCUCUCCCCCACCCCCUUUUUGGAUAUUUGCUUAUUUCCAUUUAUGGUAUUUAUUAUUGCAAUAUUUUAAUUGGGCAGUCUCAAUAAUUAUAUCCCAGCGUAUAAAGGUCCUUGUCAUUUAGGAGAUGGCAUUUUCAGUUUGAUUGAAUCUUGGGUUUUGAGCCUAUCCCCUUUUGUCUCCUCUUAGACACCCCCACCCCACCUAUUCCUCUGUCAAUUCUCCUUCAGCUAGAUUAACAUUUGGGGGUGGUGGGUGUACUUCGUUUCACUGCAAAUAUGGAAGACUCCUGCAAUGAACGCCUUGAUUAUGGCAAAAUGGGUUAUGGAUGCAAGCACUACAGGAGAAGAUGCAGGAUCAGGGCACCUUGUUGCAAUGAAGUCUUUGACUGUCGCCAUUGUCACAAUGAAGCUACGAGCUUGUUGCACAAUAUAUUUGAUCGACAUGAAUUAGUUCGAAAUGAUGUCAAGCAGGUCAUUUGCUCAGUUUGUGAUACAGAACAGUCGGUUGCUCACGUUUGUACAAAUUGUGGUGUAAAUAUGGGAGAAUACUUCUGUCAAGUGUGCAAAUUCUUUGAUGAUGAUUUAGACAAAGGGCAGUUUCAUUGUCAUGAUUGUGGAAUCUGCAGAGUUGGUGGCCAUGAGAACUUUUUUCACUGCGCUAGAUGUGGCUCUUGCUAUUCAGUUAGUUUACGUAAUAACCACUCAUGUGUAGAGAACUCCAUGCGGCAUCAUUGUCCUAUUUGUUAUGAGUAUCUCUUUGAUUCUCCUAAGGACACAACAGUACUGAAAUGUGGGCACACGAUGCACACUGAGUGCUAUCACGAGAUGAUAAAGCAUGACAAAAGCUGCUGUCCCAUAUGUUCCAGAUCAAUCAUAGAUAUGUCCAGAGCUUGGAGAAGAAUGGAUGAGGAGAUUGAAGAGACAAUCAUGCCUGAAGAUCCUAGAUUCAAGAAGGUUUGGAUUCUAUGUAAUGACUGUAAUGAUACAACCGAAGUAUUCUUCCACAUUAUCGGGCAGAAAUGUCGACACUGUGAAUCAUACAACACCCGUAUGAUUGCACCUCCCGUUCUUCCUCAAUAACAAUUUUCUAACUCGGAAAACUGAAUGUUGCACUGCUGGAACCUGGUGCCAACGGGCGAGAAACAAGAGGACGAUUUAUGGUGUGAUCUUCACCAAAUUUGAUUCUUUCCUAUCCCUGCUACAUGAUUUGCCGCCAUUGCAUCACAACUCAACUUGCAUUUCGGAUGCAUUUGUACUAUAAUUCUUUUUCCAAUGAUGUGGAGUAGAAAACCCAACUGAUUUGAUACUGGACUUAUAUGUAUCAUAUAUGAUUUAUGUUGCUCCCAAA